GUUCUAUUCUGGUCGUCUUUUUCUUCUUAUAUUAAAGUAAGUGGUUUAACAAUCCACUGAAGCUGCUUCUCACAGCACACCAUUAACAUGCGUGUCAGCCUGCCGGUGCAACCAAACCCCAACACAUUACACGCGCACAUACACAGUUUCCGGCUCUGGCCAAUAGGAAGCCGCAUCGCCGACAUCACCUGAAACGCGAUUGGUUCGCUACACCGUCGAUCACCGUUAGCCCCGCCCCAGUUGUUUGUUUGGUUCGGUUUUAUCCUGUCCUCUUUCUCUCUGUUGCGGCGGUGGGUUGGAGCCGCUGUCCCCGCACUGGCACGCGCCUCCGUUUUCAUAUCCAUCCUCUGAUUUGAUUCCCCCUAAGCCAAAUUGUUCCCCCCCAAAGAUUUCUACACCCAGCACCAAAAGUCAUCAGCCGAAAAAAAACAAAAGAACCGGCAUUUUAAGUCAAAAAGACUUAUUGGCAAUAGAAGAGGAAAAAAAAACACAAAAAAAGAUGGCGGGGACGUCGGGGUCGGCAGUGGCCCGGCUCGAGGGCCGAGAAUUCGAGUACCUGAUGAAGAAGCGCUCGGUGACCAUCGGCCGCAACUCGUCGCAGGGCUCGGUGGACGUGAGCAUGGGCCACUCGAGCUUCAUCUCGCGGAGGCACCUGGAGAUCUUCACGGCCGGCGAGGACGGCGCCGGCGGCGGCGACUUCUACCUACGGUGCCUCGGCAAAAACGGGGUGUUCGUGGACGGGGUGUUUCAGAGACGCGGGGCUCCUCCUCUCCAGCUUCCCCGAGUGUGCACAUUUCGCUUCCCCAGCACAAACAUCAAGAUCACGUUCACCGCCCUGUCCAGCAACAAGAAAGAUAAGAGGAACGCCCCAGAGUCCCCAGUGAAAGCCGUCCAGCCCCAGAUCUCCCCCCUGACUAUCAACAUUCCAGAUAACAUUGCCCACCUGAUGAGUCCUCUGCCCUCUCCCACCGGGACAAUCAGUGCUGCAAACUCGUGUCCAUCCAGUCCUCGAGGAGCAGGACUGUCCAGUUACAGAGUAGGGCGUGGGCUCACAGCCGAACUCAUUGGGGACAACUCCCAGUCUGAAAACGACAAAGAAGCCUCUGGAGGAGACAGUCCGAAGGAUGAUUCUAAACCGCCCUACUCAUAUGCACAACUGAUUGUCCAAGCAAUUACCAUGGCUCCAGAUAAACAGCUCACUCUGAAUGGAAUAUAUACUCACAUCACUAAAAACUACCCAUACUACAGAACUGCAGAUAAAGGCUGGCAGAAUUCGAUUCGCCACAAUCUGUCUUUAAACCGCUACUUUAUAAAAGUGCCCCGAUCCCAAGAAGAGCCUGGCAAAGGUUCGUUCUGGAGGAUAGAUCCAUCCACAGAGGGCAAGCUGAUGGAUCAGGCCUUCCGUAAAAGAAGGCCUCGUGGUGUUCCCUGCUUCAGGACCCCACUCGGCCCGCAGUCAUCCCGGAGUGCCCCUGCUUCUCCUAACCACACGGGGGCACUGUCGGCCCACUCUAGUGGCGUGCAGACUCCAGACAGCCUGUCGCGAGAAGGCUCUCCUGUUCCAACAGACCCUGAGCCUACCCCUGCUUCUGUUUCUACUCCAGCUGCUGCAGUUCAGCCCAAAUUAGCAGUCAUCCAAGAGGCUCGCUUUGCACAGAACACACCAGGUUCUCCAGUUUCCGGCCAACCCGUGCUAAUCACCGUCCAACGGCAGCUCCCACAGAGCCUCAAACCAUUGAGCUAUGCCAUGGCUACACCAGUCACCACCUCCCAGCAGCCCAUCAUGCAGACACUCCACGUGGUGCACCAGAUCCCUGCCGUCUCGGUGACUGCCGUUACAGGUUUUGCUACAGCCAAUGCACACAAACCCGAAGAGAAAGUUGUGUCCAAAACAGAACCGCAGGAGAAUGGGGAUCACAAAGAGGUCAAAGUGAAAGUAGAACCUGUGCCUGCCAUCACAACCACCUCUAUAGGUGCAGCAACUCGUGUUCUUCAGACUUCUGCAGCCACUCCCAUACAGACAGUUACUAUAGUGCAGCAGGCACCACUGGGACAGCAUCAGCUUCCCGUUAAGGCCAUCACACAAAACGGAACGCAUGUAGUGGCUGCAAUCCAAGGAUCAGUAAACACUGCCAGUCCUCUUCACAUGCUGGCCACUCACGCCUCUGCGUCAGCUUCUUUGCCCACCAAAAGGCAGAAUGGCGACCAGUCCAAGCAGCCCGACCCGAAACGGCUCAAGGCUGAUGACGGAGGGGACACGGGGGCCGUUUCCGCCGCAGCAGAGAGGAACACCACCGAUUAGAGCUGCCACGUCACUUUCCUUUAACCUCACAAAACCCUUCUUAGUUGAGAUCACACACCCCCAACCAUAAAUCCCACGUUAUUUGUUGUUCAGUCUAAGGUGCCAAAUCGGGAAGUGAGAAGCGAGUAGGAGGCGAGUAGAGCGAGUUAACGAUGGCACAGACCCAUGCAUGAUGUGCGAAGUCGAAGAAAGACAAGACAGACUGGUGAGAAGGACAAUUAGAAGUGGACAGCAAGAGUGUGACAGGAGACCUUUUUAAACAAAAAAAAUAUUUAAGUACUCACUGACAUAUGCAUACAUAUAUUGAUAUAGUGUACUUAAAGCUAUGAAAUGUACUUUAGAUCAAACUUAGCAGGAAGGUCCAUGCCCCCAUCUCUUCUACCUCCUCCGGGCAGAACUUAGAAGGUGAAGAGAUUGCGAUAUGGAUUUUUGCAUUCUCUGGACGAAACGCUGGAAGUUAUAACGAGUCAGUUUUAAAAUUUCAGGAAGCAGCCGGUAACAUCUCAACAUUGCUGUGUACGCAGUCAAUUAUACCACGUAUACUGGUCAUCUAUGGUUUCCUUUAACCGUAGCAUAACUUUGAUGGAUUUAUAUUGUACAUGCAGUAGAUCUAAAUUAUAGGCAGACUUCCUUCAUAUCCAGCAAGUUGUUAAAUAUACUGAGCAAACGAAUGAAAUUUCAAGAGGUCACAUAAGAACUUUCCAAAUAGCCCCCAAAAAAGUAAAAAAAAAAGAGGUUGGUUGUUUAAGCUGUGAAUCCGCACACAGUGGCAACUCGAUGAGUUUUCCUCUUGUUUCAACACAAUUCUCUUCAGCAAAAGUAGAAUGAGGAGCUUUUUUCCUCUCUCAUGGCAGCUAGCCUCGCUCAAUGUCGACCUACCUAAUCCAGUCCUUAGUAGAUAUGCAGUAAUUUGUUGUACAUGUGUAUCUUAGGAUAUAAUUUGUCUGUAUUUAUGUUCUCCACAGCACAGGUAUUUAACAACAAAAAAAACAGUGCUAAAGUGAGUUCCAUUGCAUUUAUCUCACACACUUUUUUAUUUUUUCUUUUCCUUUUUUUUUUUUUUUUUUUUAAACGUAUGGACUCAUACAUUUAUAGAAGUGAAUGUAAUUGCUUCCUCAAAGAAAACACUAUUAAUAGAAACUUGUGUUAAUUCUGUUGAAACAAAUCCAAACGGUUUCUCACCUCCUAAAGAGCGUUUUUUUUUUUCUUUUCUUUCAUAUUUUAAAAGAUAACCUAUGAAAUAAGGAAUAUAUUUCCAUUUGUAUUUCACUGAAAUAUUUCAUCAGAGCUUGCAUGAAAAUGUGUAGAGAGCAUAUACUGUACCUGAGCUGGUUCCUUAGAAAGGAACCAAGAAGGAAGAGAGAUGGGGUGGGGUAGCUUUUUUGUUUGUUUGUUUUUUCGUUUGUUUGUUUUUUUGGAGGGGGGUAAGACUGAAGAAGAAUCCGCUUUGAUUCGGACCACACUGCACUUAAAUCUCGUUAAUGCUAUUUCCUUUCUUCCCUUAACCCUUUUUUGUUUUUCAGUAUGUCCUUGGCUGUGUUGACUUAGUGUUACAGUUGACAGUUGCCCGUUAAUAUUAUUUUACGUUGUUCAGACAGCUGAAAGAGAUGGCUCGAAUGAAAUGUAUUCCACAAGAAAAAAUAUGUGGUAGAUGUUGUUCUGCUUCAGUGGGUAAAUGCAUUUUUUACAUAAAUUAAAAGCUUCAUAAUUUCUGUUCUAA